UUUAUUAUCAUUUAACAAAUAGCCUACGUUUUCCCGUUGCAUAACGUGAACUUGGAAUAGAGGAAUUUGACCGCGUCUCUCUCGCUCCCCUCGAACCACGUGACAGUCGUGUGUAGCUCUCGUGUCCCUGUUUCGGUUGCUAGGGGAGAGAGACGGUCCAUGGCAACGCUUUACGCAAACUCCACACUCGAGAGGAAGAGAGGGAGAGAAACGCGAGACAGCAGUGAACGCGCACGGUUGGAAAGAAACACAGACCUCGAGUCGAGCGCUUCUGGAAACUUUAAACCGACGUCUCGGAGGAUUUUCGUCUGCUUUAGGACCACGCGCACGGAGUUUCAGUUCGGUUCACAUUGCCGCCGGCCAGGUCAAAGCGAGACCGGGAUCCACAGACCGGGCAACCGGACAAGAGCUGUGUGUGUCGGCAGAGAGACGCUCAGCACCAGGGUUCACACAAACAGACCGAAACGCUUAGUUUGUGACUGUAAUACGCUCGGAAUAUGGCUCCUUGCUGGUAUCACUGCCGUGUUUGCUGACGUUGGACCUCGUUGUACUCGGACUAAGGGGAAGCCGCCUGUAGUCAGAGCACCAUGUGUCGCUGUGCUGGCUCUGUCACUGCCGGGUCAAUCCUACUGAGUGAAACUGACACGGGGAGGGGGGGCCAGCCCCACAGACCGCCUCACCCUCUUACCCCGUCCUGAAACACACUCUCACGACACACACAGACAAGAGCCGGGCUAGCCGGCCGAGGGUAUGGGCAACUCGUCCCGAAAAGAGGCCCAGGACGAAGGAGGAGAGGAAAAGGAGAAGAAGGUUAAAGAGAAGGGAGAUGAAGGCGAGGAGGAGGAGGAGGUGGCUGAGAAAGAAGAAGAAGAAGAAGAAGAGGAGGUCGUGGAGGACGAGGAGCUGCCGCUCGGGGUUGACGAGCUCUUGGCGAGCGGAGAUCCGGUGUUGGAUCUCAGCUACUACAAGUUCCGUCGCCUUCCACGUCAGGUCCUGGAUCUGGAGUACCUGGAGAAGCUCUACGUCUGUGCGAACCGUCUCCGCGACGUUCCUAAGGGUAUCACGCGGCUGCAGGGAUUGCGUACCCUGGCGCUCGACUUCAAUAAGCUUGACGACGUUCCUCUCUCGGUGUGCCAGUUAACUAAUCUCACGUGUCUUUACCUGGGAAGCAACCGGCUGAUGAGUCUCCCACCGGAAGUGAGGAACCUGCAGAAUUUGCGUUGCCUCUGGGUGGAGAGCAACUACUUCCAGCGAUUCCCCAAGCAGUUGUACGACCUUCCCAAUUUGCGCUCGCUGCAGAUCGGAGACAACCGCCUGCGCACCCUUCCCUCGGACUUAUGGCGCAUGGAGUCCCUGAGAGGACUCUGGCUGUACGGGAACCGCUUUCAGGAGUUUCCACGAGUGCUCCUCAAGAUGGAGCAGCUGGAGAUUCUGGACAUGGACCGUAAUCGGAUAUCGGAGUUCCCAAACUUGCAUCAUCUUCCAGCGCUCCGACUGUUCUCCUACGACCACAACCCCGUAAAGGAGCCGCCGCGCGUAGGGGAGGAGGUGCUUAUUGUCGGAGAGGGGGCUGAGGAGGUGUUGCAGGCUAGAGAGAGAAGGAGAGAGGCAAAAGAACGAGCAGAGAAGGAAGCGGAGGAGGCGGCGGCCGCGGCGGCUGCGGCAGCUAGUCCGGUCAUUCACGGGAUACUUAAGAAACUCCGGAUGAGCUCCGCCCUUAACCUGGCAGCUUCUAAGGAGAAGGAAACAAAUGAGUCGGUUCCAUCAACAACCCCAACUGGGGAUGAGAAUGGACCACAAAAUAAUGAUGAAGGGGCGGAGUCUGAGAGACAAGGUGUGGCGUUUGAGGAGGCGGGGCUUGGUUAUGAUGACGGCGGUCUGGAGUAUGAAAGGGAGGAGCUAAUCUGCGAGGGGGAGGCGUAUGAAGGCUACGGGGGGGCGGAGCUAGAGUAUGAGAGAGCGGAAAUGGACUAUGAAUAUGAAGGGGAGGGGCAAGAACAACCUUGAGACUUGCACCUGUUAGCCUACUUAUUAUAUCUGAAGUGUGUAAUUUCUGCAAACAGAAUUACAGUUUGUUUUAGCAGCCAACAGUCAUUAUUUUUGCGAUUUUUGAUGCAGUAUGCAUCUGAGGUGUUACAUCAAGGGUUGCAGGUUCAAUCCCAAGGGUGAACUGGAGAGUAACAUUGAAUUAUUGGAGCCUAGAAAAUGGCACUUAAGUAUCCACAGGAAACAUUAUGGGGCUUUGAACGCGACUGCAAGUCGCUCUAAUAAAAAGGAUCUGCUAACAUUAACAUUAAUUUAUGUCUGAUUGGUUGGAAAGUUGAAUGAAAGGUCAAGUAAAAAAUAUAGUUUACCCAUGUUGACAAAUCUAAUAUUAUUUGUUUAUUCUCAUUAUGUUCAAUACUGUGUGAAACACAAAAUAAGAUAUUUUAAUGAACUGUUUUUCCCCCCAUACAAUGAAAGUCAACGGGGCCCAGAACUACUUUGGUCUGCACCGAUUUUCAUUGUAUACACAAAAUACACAAACAUUUUAAAGAAUGUUUUCAUUUACAUUCUGUCUAAAGGAUUACAGGUUUGGAGUUACUUGAGGGCGAUUAAAUGAUGGCACAAAUGAUUAACACAACUUCUAAAAUACAGCUUAAGCUGUAAAAUAGCAUCACUCAAAAACCCUAUGAAGUAACUUUUACAAACGCGCAAAGGUUUUUCACUCAAGUAUAAGUGAGUGUUGCUAUUGUUAGAAGGUAUUUAUUGUUGGCCAACCAUUACAGAAAUCCUCAAACACAGGACUCACUUCAGCACAGGGUUUAAUGAUUUUAAAACGACAACAACAAAAAAAAAAUCAACUGUGAAGACCUGUGAAACUGCACAACUUUUUCAUGCAUCAAAACUACAUUACUGUGUGCUGUGUAUUUCUAAUUAAGAGCAGGGCUCAGAUAUUUUUGUUUUUUUUUGUGAGUUUGUGUAAGUGUGUCUGGAACUCUACCCUGACACGAGUGUACUGUUUAUAAGAAACUUGAUGCUGCUAUUGCAGCGAUGUUGUUGGUGAAACCAAAUAUUCUCUUAUUAAAUAACCAAUGAGUUUGCCAAA